AUGGAACGAGGACAUAAUGAAAAUUCAAGUGUAGAAUGGACAUUUUACCCAAGUUCUGGUAAUCACACUUAUCAUACAGGAAAAAGAUGUUUGUUUCACGGUAUCCACCUCCGAAAUAAGUCUACAUCUUCUGAAAGGACGCUGGAAAUGUCUAUAGGGAGGAAGAAAUAUGUGGAUGAAACUUCCUCCCGAAAUGGCAUUGCAAUGAGGAUGCUCGGUGACCAUCCAUUUGCUUCUCCUGAGCAAAGUACAGACUUUCACAAAAAGGGUUCAACAAUAUCUCCAGUGAAUUUUGGGAGGUAUAAAAAAAAGUCAGAUACCUUUAUUCCUCUCCAGCGUUUGCCAAGAACUCCAUGGUAUCGGCUCUUCCUCCUGUCCUUUGAGGCCAUUCCUGAUGCCCUCUAUGCUUAG